CCGUAAAUUUAACCAUUUUAGGAGCUGGUAUUGAAAAAGGACUCUCUCUCUCUCUCUCUCUCUCUCUGGGAAUCCAUGGCGACGAGAGAAGAAGAGGAAGGAGUUCUUCUUUACUACAAAUACGUUUCGAUUCCAGACGUUUCAGAACUCCUUCGCUUCUACAAAUCCAACUGCGAUUCCCUCCAUCUCCUCGGCCGCGUCCGCCUCGCUCCUGACGGAGUCAAUGUCACCGUUGGUGGAAAGCUAUCCGCAUUGGAGAAGCAUAUUUUAACAAUUAAAUCAAAUAGCUUAUUCGAAGGCACGGACUUCAAGCUUGCAUCUUGCCAUUCCCCUUCAAAUGACAGGGUUGCUCAAGAAUGUGGAUUCACUUCUCUUUCCAUUCGCGUUGUCAAGGAAUUAGUUACUUUUAGUUCUCAGCCUCUCUUGAAGUCUCCUUCUAUUUCAAACGCUGGGAGGCAUCUCUCAGCAAACGAGUUUCAUUCUGUUCUUCAGAAUGCUGGAAAUGCCUUGGACUCUACUCAGGAUAAAAGACUUGUCUUAUUGGAUGCAAGGAAUGUUUAUGAGACAAGAAUUGGGAAGUUUCAUACCCCAAACGCAGAGACCUUAGAUCCAAAAAUCAGGCAAUAUAGUGAUCUACCAGCCUGGAUAGAUAACCAUUCCAAACAAUUGCAAGGCAGUUGUGUCCUCAUGUACUGCACUGGAGGAAUUAGGUGUGAAAUGGCUUCGGCCUAUAUCAGGUCAAAGGGUGUAGGUUUUGAGAAUGUCUUCCAGUUAUUUGGUGGAAUACAACGCUAUUUAGAGCAAUUUCCAGAUGGCGGUUUUUUUAAAGGAAAGAAUUUUGUUUUUGACCACAGGAUUGCAGUUGGAAGCUCGAAUGCAGAUGUUCUUGGAUCAUGCCUAGUAUGUGGUUCUUCCUUCGACGAUUAUUCAUCACGUUGCCGAUGCACCUACUGCCGGAUGCUGGUUUUGGUGUGUGAUGGUUGCCAGGGGGAGGGUAGUGCGACAUAUAUUUGUGAGCUGUGCCAGAAGCACGGCAAGGGAGAUGGGCCAGUGCUGAUGAUGGAGAACGAAAAUUUCAAUUCAAGAUCAAAAUGUGGUGGAUCUGAAGUUCUUGAGCUUGAAUCUGCUACCUUGUCUGAUCAUAGCACAUCCUUUCCUGAGCUCCCUCUCAGAGACGGUGGUAUGCCUCCAAGAAAGCUGCGAAUCUUGUGCUUGCAUGGGUUCCGUCAAAAUGCAUCUAAUUUCAAGGGAAGAACCGCAUCGCUAGCUAAGAAGCUGAAAAACAUUGCAGAGUUUGUUUAUGUUGAUGCACCCCACGAACUUCCAUUUAUUUACCAACCACGUCCAACCAAACCAAAUCAUGGGUCCGAAGAAUCACCGUCACCACGACAGAUGAAUGAUGUCAAUAAGGCAUCGCAAGAUCAUCCUCCGUCACUGGAGAAUUGCAAGAAAAGGUUUGCGUGGCUGGUUGCUCCGAAGUUCGAUUGCCCAGGAGAAAUGGAUUGGAAAGCAGCUGAUAAACCAUUUGAUCCGCUGCAGUAUCAGCAUCAAACUGAUGGAUUUGAAGAAUCGUAUGAUUAUCUAAAGACCGUUUACUCUCAGAUGGGCCCAUUUGAUGGGGUCUUGGGAUUUUCACAAGGCGCUGCAAUGGCUGCUUUGCUCUGUGCACAGCGAGGAAGAGAUGACAGUGCUCUGUGUUUCAGAUUCGCGAUUUUAUGUUCUGGGUUUCAAAUAUUUUCAGAGAAUGUUGUCUGGGGAUCUUCAAUAAAUUGUCCCUCACUUCAUAUCUUCGGUGGUGGGGAGCGUAAAGACAGGCAGAUAGCAUGCUCUGUCAGCAUGGAACUCACCCAUUUAUUUGAUGAGGGCAGCUCUGUUGUGAUGGAACAUGAAUCAGGUCAUAUAAUACCUACCCAGUCCCCAUAUAUCGACCGGAUAAAAGAUUUUCUUCAGCGUUUUUGCUGAAUUUAUUAGGCAUUUGGUUUUGAUUCUGUCAAAGUGAAUUUUGGCUUUGCAGCUGUUGUUGCUGUUGUAUGUGAGAUGAAAGUAACUUACAAACUC